AUGUUGGGGAGUCUCUGCUUUCUCAUCGCCGUGCUAACUCAUGGCGAAGCGGCCAAGGUGGUGACCCAGACGCCGGCGAUUCUGACAGUUGGUGAAGGACAAGAGGUUGUUCUCAAUUGCAACGUUCAGAGGGAUGAGAGUAGCGUAAGCUUUUAUAGACAGUUUCCUGAAGACACUCCUCAGCUUAUUCUGCAGCAUUACCAUUUAAGUUCCUCACCUAGCUUUGGAGAUGGAUUCUCCUCUGGUCGGUUUGGCGCCAAAACGACUUCCAAUGUAAAUUACCAAUUAAUCAUUAAAACGGCAGAAGCAGAAGAUUCUGCUGAGUAUUAUUGUAGCGCAUGGGAUAGCUCUGUUCGUGAAACAGUAUCACACGUAACCACUGUGGUAUUCGGUGGAGGCACCAAGCUGCUUGUGACAAGGUCUGACUUGGCGCCCCCUGUGGUGAUUCUUUUCCCCCCGGCCAAAGAAGAGCUCCAAUCCAAAGAGGCCACGCUAGUCUGCGUGGCCACCCAGUCGUUCCCAUAUGCUAAAGUCACUUGGCUGGUUGGAGGUCUUCUGGCACCGGGCGUCAUCACCACCGGUCCCGCUGAGCGACAAGCAGACGCCACCUACAAAAUCAGCAGCUAUCUCACUGUGCAGACGUCUGAAUGGAACUCGGACGUCUCUUACACAUGUAAUGUGUCUUUGGGCUCCCAGUCUGCUCAAAACACCAUCAGCAAGUCCAAGUGUGCAACUUAG